UUCAACAUAUCCAGCGGGUUUUAACCACCGCACGGCGCGAGUGGUUCGCAAUAACGGAGCGCGCGAGGACUGCGUCCUGGUCAAAGCGCGAAACCGUGUUAGCUACGAUGCGGGAAAAAAAAGAGCGUAGCACCGGAGCGAGGCAGACAUUUUGAGCUCGACCGCCGUGUAACGUUUUGCUGCCACUCGGCGUACAAAAAAAAACGGCUCCGUGAACGCGCGUUAAAAAGCAACGAUACGAUCCGCGCAUGUUUUACGAAACGCGGCGCAGAUCCCGUUUCGCCGUUUAUUCAAUGUAGUGCCGUAAAGCGGCGUUAACGUUAGCGCGACAGAGUCUGUCGAGGCUGCUCCUUGCGCGAGUCGUUAGACACGAGAGGCAGGGGGGGAAGCAGGCACGAGCUCAACAAAGACCCGAGGAGCUCACCGCUGAUUAGCUCAGACGGGCCACGUGGUCGGAGCCGAGGCAGUGGCAGGUCACAUCCGCGCGUGAAGAGGUUCUCCUCGUGUUGACGCGUUCAUUCCGCGUUCACGGGGACUUCGUGUAUUAACGUCACACUGCCGCGUGAGUGGCGGAAGAGUACGGAAGAAAAAGGUGGAAAACAAAACAGCAAACGUUGCAUUAAUGGGAGAAGCUUGACUACCCUAACGUAGUAUUUUGGGUUCAAUAUAAUUGUAGGAUCCUCUUUGGAUGUAGCAUCUUGGAGGAGGGUCCCAAUGUUUAUUAUAAUCCCUGCAUAACAGGACUAAGAGAACACAUGGCAACAUAUAAAGUCAGUUAUCAAUAUAGUAACGCAAAUGGUCUCGACUUGUAAAAGACUAACUAUUUCAACUAUUUCUUUACUUUUAAUAACUAUUUUAAUAGAGAUUAAAUAUUAUAUAUAUAUAUAUAAAUAAUUACUAGAGAUUUUAAAAAACGAUAUAAUUCCGAAACUUAUUGUAUUUCUUGCAUUUUAAUAGCGUUGGCUCCUAAAGAAGAAGAUAUGAUGAAUGAUUUAAGCAUGACCGUGGUGAAUCCUGUUGAAUUCAUGUUCCGGUCCAGAAAAGGCCACCUGACCAUCGGUCAUCAUUGAACCUGUCUGCAGUCUCCUUGGGGGAGGGGCAGAUUGAGAAAAGGACAACGCUUAUCAGCGAACAAUAAAACAUUACUCAACCUUGAGUGUAAUUCAUCGGAGCUGCAAAUACCUGGAAUGUAUUGACGCCCGGGGACUCGUUCAAUCCCAAGUACAAAAUACAUACAACAUCAAGGCACAGUAACAAGUUAAAGUUGGGACUGGCCUUGAAGUAAAACAAAGAUCUGUCUAAAACUCCACUUUUAAAAAAAUAGAGAUCUUGAAAGACUACAACGCUGGUGUGUGGAUUAGAUGUUGGGAAUUGGGAGACCUUGGUGCACAGUGUGUUACUGCUUCUAUUGGUCCAUGAGUGGAGCUGUGACUCAGCUAUAAAUGCAUCAAGCAGGAAGUCUGUGAUCUCCAUAUGUACUGCCCGAUUUCCCCUUUCGUCAUCAGUGGGACUCUUUAUGUGUCAAGACGGAAUGUUUAAAAGACUGAAUACAUCUUUUUGGAUCAAAUCUGGAGAAAUCCUUUUCGAUGUUGUAACUUUAUGAUCCCAUUAAAUUAGCUGACGGGAGUCAAAGUGUGGCUGAACACCCGCUACCUGCUUUUACCACACUGUUUGUUAUUGACAAGUCGUGGAAUCGUGGCUUUGAAACAUGCUUUUAUUUCUCUUGCAAAGAAACUUCUGCACUUGGAUACAGUCACCAAGUCGAGACAGUAUGAUCCACUGGGCAGAAACCACGUGUUGCAUUUGUUAAAUAUUUAAAGUCCCUGUUUAUAGAUGUUCGUUUUCAUUUCACUGGAUUUUGUAAUCGCUCAGUUUAGUAAUAAUUAAUAAUACAGUAAAUCAUGCAUUAUUAGUAUUUCUUCAUCUGGUAAAGCAUCAUAUAUGACUAAUAAUGUUUUAAACUCUUGCAUUUGAGAGUACAGGCGUAAACCUGUCAUUUUCAGAAUGUGUCACUGAAAAGCAUGUUUAUGGUUUACUAUUUUCCAACCGUUUUUACUCCUAAAGCGCAAAAUGUCCGUUUUCUGGCCGGCCUCCUGCGGAAGCUUUUACUUUUGGGUUUUCAGUGGCAGGCCACUUUCUUUUUUUUCGUUGUAAGAGCGGUCAUUGAAUCCAAAAUCCAAGUAGAUUUACGAGAAAACAUCUCUUGUAUUUCAACCUUUUUUAAAUCACCAAACACAUCAUUUCUGUUCUCUUUAGUCGACAUCUUUGUCUUCUACUGUGUUUCAAAUCCUCUUCAGCUGCUGGGCCCCCGUCAGAAUAAAGCUCAACAAAUCUAUUUUCCAUGUAAUGUUGCAGGGUGUCUGCGGGGCAUUAAAAAGUCUUAAAAAGUCUUAAAUUGCUUUUCCUAAAAAUAAGGCCUUAAAAAGUCUUAAAUUGUCUUAAAUUCAGAUUGGAUUGGUCUUAAAUUGUUUGUGUGUCAUGUCACUGCGAAUAUGAGGCAAUCUGUUCCACCAGGUCCGUAUUUUGCUCUGCGGCGUCUCUGGUGUCACCGGGGCCACGCCCCUUCUCUUAAAGGGGCCCCGCGUAUUCGGUCCCAUCAAUCCCCUACAACGUGAAGUAUCGGCUACUUUAGAAAACAUGGGGGAUGCAAGUUCAACAACGGCUUGAAAAGAACGAGUGUUUCUGGUCACGGUGGGUGAAAUGCUUCUGAAGCUGCGUUAUGUGUCGCGAGACUUUCCAGCGGUGGAAUCUCACGAGCAGAGCAAGAAGCACAGAGACUAGCGAAGGCCACCAGCAGCCCGCGGGGCUAACUGCUGCUCCACUGCUAGCUGCUGCUCCGCCGCCGGCAACAACGUCAACGCUACAACGAUGGAGGUCACCGGAGGAAAUCCAGCGCCGUGCAACAAAGAGCUCAUCACCGAAGACCAACGCUGCGGUGCGUUCUUCAUUCUGUUCCACGAGAUUCUGAACCAGACCACCACGAGACUCUGGACCAGACCACCGAGAGCAGACAGCUGGACUUCAUGUGCGCUAUUGGUGAAAUGACCAGGUCCCGUCAGGAUCCUGUGGAGCUCAUGGGCCAUGACACGCCCAGGACCUACUUCAGCAUCUCAAAGAGAAUGGACCAAAUGUCAACUGGAAGUUUUUGUAUUCAUAUAGUUUGAAAAAGAUUGUUUUCCUAGUAUAUUCACAAAAGCUCAGGAGUAGACAUGAACCUGUGCACAAACAUCCAUCACAUAGAGACAUGAGAACUCACUCACUCACUCACACACACACACACACACACAUACAUUAUAUUAUGUAAAUGUAUUUGCAUUUUAAAAGCAGCUGGAAAUGUUAUCUAUGUUAUUUUAUAGAUUUUUUUGUUCAAAAGGAACUAUGUUGCACGUAUUUAAAAAAUAUAUUUACUUGAUUUUAUAGACAUUUGUUCAUGGGACCUAAAUGUUCUGAAAAUGUUGUAUUAAUAAAUAUAAUUUACAACAGCAAUGACAUUUGUGUUAUCCUUUUGCAUUACACCAUACUGUUAAUUUUGAACAGACAUCAGUGUGUUUACUUUGAAUUAAUUAAUUUAGAUUAAUGUAUAUUUCCUUCGUACGUUAGGUCUUACAUUUUAUUGAGACGUGGUCUUAAAAAGUCUUAAAUUUCACUGGUUUAUUCCUGUAGACACCCUGUGUCGGCUACAGCCCAGUACACAGUUGGAUAUCACGCCCUUUUUCAUUCGUUUAGGAAAUGUAAGUGCAUCUUUAUUGUGUUAACUUAUUGACAAACCUGCCUUCUGAAACAGGCCCUGCUGACUCAGGCAACCAACACCGGAGGACAUCUACCUCGAGACCAACACCAUUACACAGAGGGGUCAUGUCUCGUUUUUUAAAAUAGAAAACCCCCCCCUGAAGGAACAGCCUUUUCUUCUCCCAGACCUAUGCAAUUAUCAAGAACAUACAAUGGAAUGAUUUUAAUAACUUGAAUUGAGGCCACUGUACAGCUGUGUAUCGAGGAAAAUAGAAGAAUCAGAACCGGGUCUCAUUAUCAGCAGAUACUCAAUGAAAUGACUCGGACCAGCCGUACAAGAUGCAUGAGCCAGACACCCCUACUUACUGUAGCAUAUGUUAUAUUUACAGUAAAAAGCACUGCAGGAAAAUAAUGUCUGUUUGGAGUGAAACAUUCGCUCUGUUGUGUUUGAGAAUCAGAGCUCUUAUUUCUGUUUACUUAGAGUUGCUAAGUUCGUCGUUUGACAUUGUGUUUUUCUUCUUCUUCCAUUCUCUCCCUCUAUAUUAUCUCUCUUUCCUCCCUCCCCUCAUGCUCUCCCUCGUCGCAGGCCCUGUGCAGUCCGACAGGCGUCUUCAGUCCAGACUGGCAGGCGGAUCAGGACCAAGCAGUCCUGUAAUUUGGAGACUGUUACAAACCGAGUUGUUGUCAUAGGCCGGAAGGCGAGGAGGAGUGGACGAGGCUGCGGUGGAGCCAUGUCGGCCUCUUGGCGUGAGGAUGAGGAAGAGUCGAAGGUGGCAGGAGUCAAAGGGUCGAGGGUCAAACCGAGGUUCUCUUUCAAUGAGGUCAAACUGCUGCUGGAGUCCGUGAAGACGAACAGAUACAUCAUCCUCAGGAAGUUCAACCAAGGUGUGUCGGCUGAUGCCAAGAAGCGGACCUGGACUGAAAUCACCAAUCAGGUCAACAGUCUGGGGGAGAAUUACAGACAGGUGCGUCAAAUCAUGAAGAAAUGGGCGGAUCUCAAAUGUGACGGGAAGCGACGCGCCAUCGCCCUGCGGGGCCCCAACGGCAGCAGCGUGCGGAAGAAGAACAUGGGCCCCGUGGAGAGGAUGGUCAAUAAGAUACUCAUGAUGAGCCCUCAGAGAGGCGGCGACAGUGAUCUGGACUUUGACGAAGACCUUUCCAAGCUUUACAGUAAAGCCCCCCCCCCCGCCACUGCCACCUACUCCUACCUCAGCUUAACGGACAGUUCCCACUCCAUUCCUGGAGGAGCCCCCUACGACUUCUCUCCUCUCUCCUCACCAGAGAAAGAACUUGGUGGCGAUACUUUCCACUCCUCCUCUGAUUUUGACUUGGCUGACGAUGGAGAUGGUACCAUGGACUUUGAAGAAAACGAGGACUCCAUGUUGUCCUCCGACCCGUCCCCUCUCCCUCCACCCUCCACCUCUCUGGACCCUCUUCCCGACAACGCCCUGCUGAGGAUGAAGCCGGUCCACACCUACUCCCGGAACCACACCUCGCCCAGACCCUCCUCCUCGGGGUUGCCCCCCGCGUCCGAUUCCGACGCCGCCUCGUCCUCCGCGGCUCCUCCCCCGUCGCGGUCGCCGCCGAGGUCCGACGCGACCGCCUCCUCCCUCCCUGCUCCUCCCUCUUCCUCCUCUGCCACCUCCACGUCUGUCGCAGCCAACACCUGCACCCCUCGCCCGGCGCCGCCCUCCUCCUCCAUCCCCGGUGCUUCCGUUGUCACCGCCGCUGCAUCUUCCUCCUCUGCCGCUUCCACCGCGACCUCCUCUUCAAACUCUCACGCGCCUGCUCCCUCCUCCUCGGGCCCGCCACCCAAUCGUCCCUCCGGCUCCGGCCUGUCCGACCCCCUUCCGGCCGGGGCGUCCUCCCGCAGGGCCCACGACCACGUGGCGCAGAUGGCCACUCAGGGCCUCCAGCAGCAGCGGGCCAGCAGGAUGCUCCUGACCUCGGUGUCCCAGUCCCUGGAGAUACUGGCUCAGUCCGUCCAGCUGCUGGUGGAGACCCAGCAGGAGUUUGUGCAGGAGUCCCUGCUGCUGCAGAGGGAGACGGUGGACAUCCUCAGGGAUUUCUCCAACACGGCAUUGACCAUGCUGAGAGACAAGUCCACCGGCGGGCAGCUGGCGACGGUUCACCAUUAUCCCACCGCACAACUCUGAGAAACGGAGAGGGCGGGCCCAACGGGAGCAGCUUCCACACGGCGGCCCCGUGAUGUGAAGCAUCGGCGCUGUCGGUCAAACCCUGAAAGAGACGGCGGAUCAAACGUCACGAGCCGCUGGGGCUGCUGGACACAAACGGGACAGAGGCACCAACACGUGGUGGUCGGCCAUGAUCAGCUGCUUCUUGAUGUGCCUGAACCUCGUUGGCUUCCUCUCCCGUGUGUUUUCUACACUGUAACUAGCAUUAGUUUAAAUCUAGUCACCGCCUUACUGAUUCCCACACACACGGAGGUCGACCGUGUGGCCUUCAGGGUCCCCCGGUCGAACGGCUCACUGGCUAAGAGGAAAUUAACGAAGUAACUAACCUUUGACUGUUGAGAUCACCCGGUGACUGCAUUAGAGUCGAGUCAUGUUGUCCUUAUCACGAAGGAUGCGGUUGUGGUAAGGACAACAUAAAUAUGCAAAUUCAUAAUAAACCAUUUUUAAUACAUUUUAUGUUUUGUGAAAUUGUACCGUAGGCUAAAUGUGGUGGUUAGGACGAGAAGUGGACCGUGCACUGGAGGAAGGGAAGCAUGUUUCAGUUGUUUGGUGUUUCAAAUUUUUAAUGAGAACUUGGGACUUAACCACGAACCAAAGGUUGUGACAUGUUUUGCCAUUGCCAGUUAGUCAACUCAUUAAAACUAGUGAACUUCAGGAAAUGACUGAGAUGUGGCGCUGGCCAGGGUGUCGGGUUCAGGAUGUGGGCUCCGAUGAUUUCCUGCAGCAGUUAGCGCGAGCUGAUUCUACCACAAGCAAAGUAAAUAACGUAGAUUUCGGGUAGAAUGAGCUCGCGCUAACUCAAACUGGGGCUUGCCGGGUUUAGUGUCUGAGGUUCUGUACAAAAUAGCAGUUUAUGAAAGAUAUACUGGUGUUAUGUAGGCACACCUUUGCUUUGUGUGAUUCUUUCCUUUUUAUUAGCACCAAUAAACAACCAGAAGAUUCACCGAGA